AUGGCCGCCAGCAAUGUGAGAGUACCGGAUAAAAUAAUGGAUUGUGAUGAAAGUACCAGCUGUAGUGACGAGUUUGAAGAUUCAUGUGAUGAUAGUGUUGCCGACAAGGACUAUGCAUUAAGUGACAACGAUGAAAGUUCAGAAAACAGUGAAAGGGAAAAUGAACUAGCAAGUUUAGCAUCCAAAACGCGGCGAUCUACUGAGAAAUCAUCUGAAAAACCUCCAAAAUCUCGUUGGAGACAAAAAAGAGAAGCCAGUUACCAAAGAGUGAAGAGCAAGAGAAGGCGUAAUUUGGGUCAGGAAUACUUAAGCGUAAAAAGCAAGAAUGUCAUCAAAGCACGCGAGUUGGGACCCCCUUGUCAUUGCAAAAAUAUGUGUAGAGAAAAAUUAGACAACACACAUGAAGCUAUUUUUAACAAAUUUUGGGAUUUGGGAUCAUUCGAUUUGCAAAACAGUUAUCUUUUUGGCUGCAUUCGUAUUCAUAAAAAUAAAAGGUCCUACAAAAAGAAACAAAAACGGCAAGAAUUUAGUAGAACCUUUAAUGCAGAGUACACUGUUAAUAUUAACGGCAAAGAUGUACAAAUAUGUAAGGUGGAGUUCAUGAGUAUACAUGGGAUCCAAAAUUCCCGAGGCCGAAUUAACCGUGUGGUUAAAAUGAAAGCACAGGGGUCUUCUGUUCCAGAACCGUAUAGACGGGGCAAACAUGCAAAUAGGCCACUUAAACUUACAGAUGAACAAAAACAAUCAGUUAGAAGACACAUUGACUUAAUUCCCAAAUAUCAGAGCCACUACAGUAGGGCUGACAACAUGGCCAAAAUGUAUCUUAACUGCGACAUGACAAUAGCACAUUUGUACAAAAAAUUUUAUGUUCCGUGGUGUGAAGAGCAAAAUAUUGUUCCAGUAAAAGAAUACGCCUAUCGCAAAAUUUUUUGCACGGAAUAUAAUAUCGGCUUUAAGUUGCCAAAAUCAGAUACCUGCAAAACUUGUGAUGAAACUAGCAUCAAAUUAGAGACCGCUAUAAGGAACAAUGACGAUGAACAACGUACAAUAUUGUCAACAACCCUAAACCUACAUAAGUCAAGAGCUAAGGCAAUGCAAGAUCUAUUAAAAUCUGAAAAAGAACUCUCAAGGCUUAAAGGUUCUAAAAAACUGGUGAUUUCUUUUGAUUUACAGCAGGCAAUGCCCAUACCAAAGUUGACAACCGGACCUGCUUUUUACUGCCGAAAAAUAUGGUUGUAUAAUCUAGGGAUCCAUGAUUGUACCGCCGAGCAGGGGUACAUGUACUUAUGGAGUGAGGAUAAAGCUAAGAGAGGGGCUGACGAAAUAGCCUCUGUACUGCUAAAAUUUCUUAAUAAUUUGGAAAAUAAUAAUGUGGAAGAUCUUGUUGUUUUCACAGACAACUGCCCUGAGCAAAAUAAAAAUUGGCUACUUACGUCAUUAUGGUUACAGUUGGUCAAGGAAAACCGGUUUAAAUCCAUAACACAUCAUUUUUUAAUUAGCGGUCACACCCAUUUGCCAUCCGACAGGGAUUUCGCUCUAAUAGAAAAAAGACAUAGAAAAUAUGCACCGGUGAUUUAUUCACCCGAAGGAUGGUACUCAGUGGUUAGGGAAGCCAACAGCAAAAGCCCAUUCAUUGUCACGGUAAUGGAACCAGACGACUUCUUUAACUUCGAUCCAAUAUUAGCCAACAUUAAGAAGAAUACCCAAACUAUUGAAGGGGGAAAUAUGAACUUUUCUGGUGUAUAUUCUUUUUUAUUUAAAGCUGAAAAUACAAAAUCAAUUUUUGUCAAGCACACAGUUAAUGGAGAAUAUACUGAGGUUACCAAUACUGAUACAGAUCAUCCCGAUCAGGUUAUCAAACAAGAAUAUGAAAACAAUAAUGAAAAAAGCAGUGAUGCAAAUGAUGCUGACUCUGAUCAUUCCUAUUUUCAAAGAUUUGAGAAAAAUACUCGUAGUAACAAAGACUUUAAGAACAAAAGAAAAUCUAGGAAACUCAAGAGAGACGGUGUGUAUGUAGCGGAAAAGAGUAGAGAAGGUGGCGCUAGGAUAUGUGCAAGGGACCAGAGGGACAAGCAUGAAAAGCACCCACAAAUAUCAGCAGAGGAUAAACAGUUUGUUAUACAACAUAUUACUGAAUUUCCUGCAUAUCAAAUCCACUACUCCAGAUCUCACUCUGCUAAACGCUAUUUGUCACCUGAUUUGUCAAUUCGACAAAUGGACAGAUUGUACCUAAAAGAAUUUAAUGAGAAAGAAACCAGUUUCCGAUCAUUUUUAUAG